AUGAAAUAUCUAAGAGAAGUUUCUUUUGUGCUUGGCAUUGAAAUAUGUCGUGAUAGAGCUCGUAGUUUGAUGGGACUUUCUCAGAAAGCUUAUAUACGGCAUGUACUACAAAUGUUUGAAAUGCAAAAAUGUGCUCUUGGUGUUGUACCUAUCAUAAAAGAGGAUAAGUUUAACAAAACUCAAUGUCCUAGGAAUGAGCUCGAAAGAGAAUCUGGAAAGAACAUACCAUAUGCUAGUGUUGUGGGGAGUUUAAUGUAUGCUCAAGUUUGCACUAGACUAGAUAUUGCCUAUGCAAUUAGUGUUCUUAGUAGGUUUCAGUUGAAUCCAAGGCAAGAGCACUGGAAAGCAGCUAAGAAAGUUAUGAGAUACUUGAAGAAAACUGAAGGCAACAUGCUCACUUUCCAACGUUCAAAUCACCUUGAGGUGGUAGGCUACUUAGAUUCUGAUUUUGCCGGAUGUCAAGAUGAUUUGAAAUCGACCUCAGGACUACUAUGCGAGCUGAAUUUGUGGCAUGUUAUGGAGCUACUAUCCAAGCUGUUGUUUAAGGAACUUUAUUUCUGA